AGUUCUUCUCGUUGGAGUUGGUCGUUUCUUCGAAUUGGGAUGUUUUCAAGUGUGGAUCAGUAAAUGCAGAAUUGAUUCUUUUAUUCAUUUGAUAUCAAAUAUACAAUAAUAUUUUCCUUUUACGGCCUUCUAUAAUCGUGCCGAAGAUAUUAGAAAAAUGGCACCUAAAGGGAGAGAUUAUGCAAAGGAUAGAGACCAAUUAAAGCUAUUUUUAAUGGAAUUUGUAAAGAUGAAUGACAAAACUGCGGACAAAUGUUUAAAAUAUCAUUCUCAACUAAAGAAAAUUGCACACCGAGAACAAGUAGCUCUUGAAAUUGACUUGGAUGAUGUACAAGAGUUUGAUGAUAAUCUAGCUACUUCCAUUGCUAAUAAUACUCGUCGCUAUACAAACUUGUUACUGGAGUUAAUUCAGGAAAUGUUACCUACUCUCAAGGAAAGACAAGUAGCAGCUAAAGAUGCAUUAGACAUUUAUAUUGAACAUCGUUUAUUGAUGGAAUCACGUAAUAGGCCUACUGUAGACCAAAGAGAUCCAAGAAAUAAAUAUGCACCAGAACUAAUGCGACGCUUUGAGGUUUAUUUUAAAGAUUUUAGUGAUUCAAAAGGAUUUUCUGUAAGAGAUAUAAAAGCAGAUCGAAUUGGAAAACUUGUUACAGUAAGGGGAAUAAUCACUCGCUGUACCGAAGUCAAACCAAUGAUGGUUGUAGCAACUUAUACAUGCGAUCAAUGUGGAGCUGAAACUUAUCAGCCAGUACAAGCUCUUAGUUUUCUUCCGCAACAAACUUGCCCUAGUGAUGACUGUCGUUUAAACAAAUCUGGUGGAAGACUUCAUAUGCAAUCAAAGGGUUCAAAGUUUGUCAAAUUUCAAGAAGUUAAACUUCAAGAACAUAGUGAUCAAGUUCCAGUUGGCCAUAUCCCUAGAUCUUUGACAAUUUUCUGUAGAGGAGAGACUACAAGGCAGUGUUUACCUGGUGAUCAUGUUUCUAUCACUGGCAUAUUUUUACCACUUGUCAAGACAGGCUUUGGACCUAGAGGCACACCAGGAUUACUAAGCGAGACUUACAUAGAAGCACAUAGAAUUGUUUGUUUAAGUAACAUGGAAACCGCUGAUGAAAGUUCCAAUGAAAUCACUGAUGAAGAAAUAGCUCAGUUAACAGAUGACGACUUAUACACCAAGUUAGCUUGCUCAAUUGCACCUGAAAUUUAUGGUCUGGAAGAUGUUAAAAAAGCUUUAUUACUAUUACUUGUAGGUGGAACUGAUAAAAAGCACGACGAUAUUAAAAUAAGAGGAAGCAUUAACAUUUGUCUAAUGGGAGAUCCAGGUGUUGCCAAAUCACAGUUACUUUGUUUUAUAACACGUCUGGCUAACAGAUCUCAGUAUACAACUGGACGUGGAUCAUCUGGCGUUGGUUUAACUGCUGCAAUUAUGAAGGAUCCAUUAACAGGUGAAAUGACGUUGGAAGGUGGUGCUUUAGUUUUAGCUGAUCAAGGGAUUUGUUGUAUCGAUGAGUUUGACAAGAUGGCAGAUGCUGACAGAGUUGCAAUCCAUGAAGUUAUGGAGCAACAAACUAUUUCCAUUGCCAAGGCUGGUAUCAUGACAUGUUUAAAUGCAAGAGUGUCAAUACUGGCAGCUGCUAAUCCUGCAUAUGGCAGAUAUAAUCCAAAGCGAUCUGUGGAACAAAACGUACUACUUCCUGCAGCUUUACUUUCACGUUUUGACUUACUUUGGUUGAUACAAGACCGAGCCGAUCGGCACAAUGAUCUCAAGUUGGCUAAGCACAUAACUUAUGUUCAUCAACAUUGUGUACAACCCCCUUCGAAAACGAAACCCCUGGACAUGAAUCUCAUGAGGAAAUAUAUUAAUCUUUGUAAAAAAAAACAACCCAUUAUUAUCGAAGAAUUAACAGACGGAAUUGUAGACUCUUAUGUAUCAAUGCGAAGAGAAGCCCGUAAUAGUCGCGAUAUGACAUUUACGUCAGCUCGCAAUCUACUUGCUGUACUUCGCUUAGCUACUGCUUUGGCUCGUCUACGACUAUCUAAUGUGGUUGAGAAAGCAGAUGUAAUUGAAGCAAACAGACUUGUCGAAAUGUCGAAAGCCUCCAUUAAUCUUUGUGAUAUUAAAAUGACUAAUAGACCUCAGCAUCACAAUGAUCGAAUAUUCCAUCUUAUCAGAGAAUUAGCUGGUGAUAGCAAUACCGUGAAAGUAUCAGACAUCCUGGAACGAUGCACUAGUAAAGGAUUUAAACCUGACCAGGUUGAAGAAUGCAUCACAGCGUAUGAAAUACUAGAUGUUUGGCAGGCUAAUCCUGCUAGAACGCAAAUAACCUUUACAUAAGUUGCAAUUGUACAGUAUGUUGAUUCAUUUUG